UUGAACGCCGUACUGCAAACAGCACCGACAACAUCUGCAGUAAUCUCUUCUAGAGUCCACCGAUUAGUUUGUUUGAAAAUUUAAUUUAAUUGAUUUGUAAUAAGUGAAGAUGUGUGGUAUUUUCUUCAUUGCUCUUAACGAAGCCAACAACGGUGUCAACGGUAGUUCAUCAGAUCUGUAUCGCUAUGGCAAUCGCAUCGAAAGCCUAAGGGAGCUGGCUUUCCGGCAAUCGGGCAAACAGCGCCAUCGUGGACCGGAUUACACCGGACUGGUGCUGGACAACGAAGCGGGCUUCGUUAUGGUUCAGGAGAGAUUAUCGGUGCUUUGUGUGAAAACCGGAAGUCAGCCGUUUGUGUCACAGGAUGAAACGGUGCUACUGGCGGCCAAUGGAGAAAUUUACAACUACCGGCAGAUGGCUGAAGCGGUCAACCAGGAGCUGGGUGUUGGAGAAAGUCCGUACACUCCAAAAAGUGAUUGUGAUGUUAUAAUUGCGUUCUAUGAACGCUUUGGAUUUUCUAAACUGAUGGAAACGAUUCGUGGAAUGUUUGCGUUCGUGCUAUACGACAAGAAAAAUAAUCACUUACUGGUGGCACGCGAUCCGAUUGGAAUUAUUCCACUGUAUCAUGGUCUAGAUCAAGAUGGAAAUGUUUGGAUUGCCAGUGAAAUGAAGUGCUUAGUGGAAAAAUGUCGAGAAGUAAAAGUUUUUCCACCCGGUCACGUGCAUUACGGUGCAAGGUGCAAGAUAGAUCCUCAACAGUAUCAUAAAUCUCAAUGGAUGGUCGAAGAACCACAAAUGCCAGUUAACCUGCAGAAACUUCGAACGUGUUUGGAGGAAGCAGUCCUUUCACAUUUACAGUGUGAUGUCCCGUUGGGUGCCCUGCUAAGUGGUGGUUUGGAUUCCAGCUUGGUUGCAUCCAUUGCCACUAAAAUUCUACGCAAGCGACAUGGACCAGACUAUCGGUUGAAAACCUACAGCGUCGGUUUGGUCGGUGGGCCUGACUUCGAGUAUAGUAAAAUGGUGGCAGAUUUCAUAGGAAGUGACCACACAGAAGUCCACUUUACAAUCGACGAGGGUCUCAACUAUAUAAGGGAUAUAAUUUGGCACUCGGAGACGUACGAUAUAACCACAGUACGUUGUUCCAUUCCAAUGUAUUUGCUAGCGCGUCAUAUCAAAAGUGAAGGGAUAAAGAUGAUACUGUCUGGAGAGGGAGCUGAUGAACUUUUUGGGGGAUAUCUGUACUUCCACCAAGCACCGAGCCUCACGGAAUUCCACUGGGAAACGGUGUCACGCGUUCAAAAGCUCCACUACUCGGAUUGCCUUCGAGCCAACAAAGCGUCUGCCGCGUGGGGUUUAGAAUUACGCGUUCCCUUCCUGGACACGGAUUUUGUCGACUAUGUGAUGAGCAUCCGGUCGAAAGAUCGUAUGCCGAAGGCUAAGAAAAAUGGCACUACUCGUUUGGUGGAGAAAUACAUUUUGCGAGAGGCAUUCAAUCAGGACUAUCUACCAGCAGAGGUUUUAUGGCGACAAAAGGAGCAGUUUUCUGACGGAGUCGGAUACUCCUGGAUCGAUACCAUAACGAAAUAUGCAGCUUCGCACGUGAGUGAUGAGGAAUUUUCCCGGGCAACGGAACGAUUCCCCAUCAAUCCUCCGCCGACUAAGGAGGCUUACUACUAUCGGCAGAUAUUUGAGGAACUGUUUCCACACCAAAGCUGCGCGGAUACAGUACAGCGCUGGAUUCCACGAAUAGACUGGGGCUGCUCGGCGGAUCCAUCCGGUCGCAAACAGAAUGCACACAAAGCAAAUUAAACAUAACCAGUACAAAGCAGUAACAAAUGUUCGCUUGUUAUGAUUGAUCGGCAUUUGUAAGUGAACACAAAGCUUAUCAGUAGCACACUUGCAGCGUUUUACAGUUUAAUUCAACAGCAGCUGGUAUCUGAUUUCAGACAAAACAACUUUCAAUUGCAAUUCAAUUUUGCAAAGAAUAAUUUUCUUUAUCUGUCUCUGUUACUUAGCGAAACGCUGUCAUGCAGAACGGCACAUGCGCCACUCGAGAUUUAUUAAGCAAUAAUAAAAAUUAAACUGUCUUCUUGUUUGCUAUAGAUAGAUUGCACCACCUGCUUGUGAUGUAGCUCACAACAAAUAUACAGAAAAUACUAUAUUGUAUUGACACUAAAACAGCUACGUUUUUUUUAUUGAUUUUUAUCAAUUCGUAUUGCAAACAAAUUAGUUUUAAUGUUGGAGAGUAAAUUGUGGUAAUUUAUUAGCGAUGUAAAAAUAGAUUGAUGGAUAUUUGAGUAAUAUAGUCAGAUCCAGUGAAUUCCAUCCGUAUUUUUUGGCAUUAAACACACAAAUAGAUUUAUAAAACAGGAAAUACCGUUAACGUGAAUAAGUUUCUGUCGAAUGCUAGAAUGUUUGGAUAUAUUUUGUAUUGCCUGUGUUGUACUUUUUGUUGACAAUUAAUUCAAAUAUAGUUGUAAACUAUACAAAAUAAGAUUUCGAAAAUUUCAGUUAUAGAAAUAUAAU